AUGGCGUCGGCGCGAUCGCGGCGCAUAUCAUCCCCCGUUCCUCACUCCGCCGUAGCCCCACUCGGCCUUACCCUCCUGACCCCGUCAGCCCUGCUCCCGCUCCUCCUGCUGGUCGCCAUCGUCGAAUCGCCGUGGCUUUCCGCCUCUGCGGCGGGUCAACUCCCCGAUGAGAGCACAUCGUUCGGCGUGAGCACCGACCUCGGUGUAGCACCGGACAUCGGCAGUGGUGGUUCCCCGCUAUCCGUAAAAACGGCGUCUGCCACCGACGGCUCUGAUCGCACGAUCAGUCUCAUGGCGAUGACGGCAGCGGCCGGCACGGGGAAAAAGACUGGAACCGGAAAAUCAGCCGGCUCUGGGACGGGUGUCGGCGCAGGCAAGGGCGCGGGGACGGGUGCGGGGACCGGCGGGAGCAAAGGAACGGGAACCGGAGAUCGGAAGGUGCCGGAAAUUGGGUCCGGCGCGGGGAAAAGUACUGGGACAGGUGCGGGGAAAGGUACGGGAACGGGUGUGGGGAAGGGUACGGGAACGGGUGCGGGGAAGGGUACGGGAACGGGUGCGGGGAAGGGUACGGGAACGGGCGCGGGGAAGGGUACGGGCACGGGCGCGGGGAAGGGUACGGGCACGGGCGCGGGGAAGGGUACGGGAACGGGCGCGGGGAAGGGUACGGGAACGGGUGCGGGGAAGGGUACAGGGACAGGAGCGGGGAAAGGUACGGGGACAGGAGGGGGAAAAGGAACGGGUACUGGUGCGGGGAAGGGUACGGGGACGGGCACUGGGAAAGGUACGGGGACAGGCGCGGGGACAGGAACAGGCACGGGGAAAGGUACGGGGACAGGCGCGGGGACAGGAACAGGUACGGGGAAGGGUACGGGGACAGGUGCAGGGAAAGGUACGGGUACCGGCGCGGGAACAGGUACGGGGACUGGCACGGGAACAGGCGCGGGGAAAGGUACGGGGACAGGCGCGGGAGGGAGUGCGGGGACAGGCGCCGGGGGGGGUACGGGGGCAGGCGCGGGGGGAAAUACGGGAACGGGAAAGGGAAGCAGUGGAGGCAAGGGGAAGGGGAAAGGGGGGGGGAACUCAAGGGGCUCCGGAUCUGGCUCGGGGAAAGGAACUGGCACGGGUGGAGGCUCGGGAACUGGUUCGGGAACUGGUUCGGGAAUGGACGCUGGAUCUAAAUCCGGAAAAUCCUCAGGGGAUGGCGGAGAUGUGAUCCACGGAGGGGGGAGCGGAGGGGGAAGUGGGACGGGGAGCGGAGGGAAAACUGGUGGGGGAACGGGGAGUGGGACGGGGAGCGGGACGGGAAGCGGGACGGGGAGUCAGACCGGCGGCGGAGGGCAAGCAAGCGGUGGAGGGGGAAGCCAGAAUGGAGGGGGAGCGGACUCCGGAGGCGGAGCGUCAGGGGGAGGGUCAGGUGGAGGGUCAGGCGGAGGGUCAGGCGGAGGGUCAGGCGGAGGGUCAAGCGGAGGUUCAGGCGGAGCGCCAGGUCCUAUCCUGACAGCGGAGCAGGAAGCAACGCUGACGAAAGUGAACGAGGUUCUGUCGUUUCUGUACGAGAGGAAAUUCUCGGGGGUUGCUACAGGCAUCCGAAUGAGCGGUAUGAAUGAGACGCUGAUGAAUACACUCCUCACCAAGAACAUUACGAUCUUUGCGCCAACCAAUGGAGCCUAUUUCCGCAUGCCCAAGAACACACGCUUUGGUGGGCUGCAAAGGAAGAAGAGCAUUCUCUGGCAGGUGAUGGCCUAUCACGUGCUGCCACGUCGGAUGGAACUCGAUGACAUCAAGGCCCUCGGGAAUGGAUAUCUGCUGACCAACCCCAGCCUCUAUUAUCUCGUCCUUGAUUUUCAGCACGGGGACAGCAAACAGGUGGCCUAA